ACAAAAACACUCCAAUGAUGGUUGAUGAGCCUCGCACAAUGGAGGAGAUGCCUGCAGGAUGAGAUUGGUGAAGAGCAACUGCAGAAACUUGCAGUCAAAACGUGUUAUCCCUGUAACGCAAUAAACCGGUGACCGAUUUGACAAAAGUGAUCUGCUCGAACGCGUCCAUUCUGUAUUAUGACAAGUGACCUGUCUUGAAAAACCGGAGCGUUUGAAAAUUGCGGGUGGGGCAACACGGAUGUAAAGAGACUAUACUAUACUGACUUCGCCUUUCCGCUCUGGUUUCCGAGAUUAUUACAAAUAUCGACGAAUUUAUUUACAGCCAUAAUAGGCUUUGAAAUAGUCUUCACUAACAACUCUUUGGAUGAAAACCGGAACGUAAGCCUACAGUUAAAUUCGUUUCGAAUGUAUGGAUUCUAUCGUGACUUUGGUUGUUUACACUGUCAAGACAUAUCGUUUCUUUCUGAGCUGCUGUAAAAUUAAUGCAUGUGUGAAGCAGCUAGUGAUGAUGUGCCUUCCUGGUAUCUUCAUUGUUACCCUGUUGACCCUCUCAAUUCCUGCUGUCCAUGGUGGGAAAGUCCUGGUGUUUCCUCAAGACGGCAGCCACUGGAUCAACAUGAAGGUCAUUAUUGAAGCGCUGCAUUCAAGAGGUCACAGUGUGUCAGUAGUACGGCCAUCAGACAGCUGGUACAUCAAGGAAAACUCCCCUCACUACAGUUCAAUCACAAUUGAUAUUCCAGGUGGAGCUGAUGAGGAAUUCUUUAGCUCAUUUGUGUCAAGACAAAUACAGAUACAGAGAGAGGGAAAGUCUGCUUGGACUCGUUUUAGUUUGGACAUGGAGUUGAAGGACAGAUUUUCUGAAAUGCACCGCAAAGUGUGUGAGAUGGUGAUCCAAAUGUUAGAGAAUGAGCCGUUGAUGCAGUCUAUUAGAGAAACCAAGUAUGACUUGGUUCUGACAGACCCAGCCAAUGGGGGAGGUGUUGUGCUGGCGCACUAUUUAAAUGUGCCCCUUGUUUUCAAUGUUAGAUGGACUAUACAUGGUGAGGCUCAUUUUGCUAUUGCUCCCUCUCCACUAUCGUAUGUUCCAUUUCCUGUUGCAGAGUUAACAGACAAUAUGAGUUUUUUUCAGAGGGUCCGUAACUUCCUAGUUUAUGUCAUCAGGCUGCAUCUGUACAAACAGACAGUGGGGCCUCAUUAUUCCGCUUUGGUUAGUCGUUACUUUGGUCCUGAGGUCGACUACUUCUCAUUAUUUCAAGCUGCUGAUUUAUGGCUCAUGAGAGUUGACUUUGUGUUUGAGUUCCCUCGUCCCACCAUGCCUAAUGUUAUCUAUAUGGGAGGGUUCCAGUGUAAACCUGCCAAGCCUCUUCCCCAAGACCUGGAGGAGUUUGCUCAGAGUUCUGGAGAGCAUGGAAUCAUUCUCAUGUCAUUGGGGACUUUAAUUGGACAACUGCCCCAUGAUAUAGCUGAUGAGAUAGCUGCUGCUUUUGCCCACCUGCCUCAGAAGGUAAUCUGGAGGUAUAAAGGAGACAGGCCAGCUACUCUGGGCAACAACACCUUACUAGUUGACUGGAUGCCUCAGAAUGAUCUGUUAGGACACCCUAAGACAAGGCUGUUUGUAGCUCAUGGAGGAACAAAUGGGAUUUUCGAGGCUAUCUACCACAGUGUUCCAAUAGUAGGCCUUCCUCUGGUGUUCGACCAACCUGACAAUCUUUCUAGAAUGAAAGUGAAGGGUGUAGCAAAGGUUGUGGAUUUAGCAACUCUAGAUAGAAACAUUUUCACCCGAGCCUUACAGGAAGUUCUGGAUGAGCCGUCCUACAGGAUGAACAUGCAGAGACUCUCCAGGCUACACCGGGACGUGCCAAUGGAACCCCUGGACACUGCCCUCUUCUGGAUUGAGUUUGUCAUGAGACACAAAGGUGCUGCUCACCUGCGUACAGAGUCCUACAGAAUGCCCUGGUACUCCUACCACUCUGUAGAUGUAAUGGUGUUUUUACUGGCUGUUGUGUUUUUUACUCUGCUGGCUUUCAUUGGCAUUAUCAGAUGUUUCUGUUGCAGGGCAUGUUUGAAAAUAAAAAUGAAAGAGGAAUGAUUAUGGAUUUCAUCUGUAGAGAGAGUGGUACAUACAGUAUAUGUACAAAGUGUGGUACAUACUAUCUGUACAGAGUGUGGUACAUACUUGUUUUGUCACUAAUUUUACUUUUUGUUCACUUGACAAAUACAGUUGAAAUUGGAAGUUUACAUACACCUAAGUCAAGUACAUUUAAACUCAGUUUUUCACAAUUCCUGACAUUUAAUCCUAGUAAAAAUUCCCUGUCUUAGGUCAGUUAGGAUCACUACUUUAUUUCAAGAAUU